AUGGAUAAAAUUAUCAAGAAAAAGCUUUGCGAGAUUGAGAAAGCUUGAAAAGAGAGGGAUUUAUUGAAGCUCAAAGAGUUAUGCGUAGCUCCGAAUGGUCUUAUAAGCAACGAUUACAGGAAACAAAUUUGGCCACUGCUUUUAGAAAUUGAUAAUAUAUCUGAUUUUAUGGCAAAUUGAAAAGACAUAGAUUUAUCUAACUCUUAUUCUGACAUAAUUCAAAGGGAUAUAGACCGAUCUUUAUAUAAUUUCGAUAUAUGUGAAUCUUAUAACGAAGAAAUCCGAAAAAAUCUUCGAAUUGAGCUUUCAAAUAUUGUGAAUGGAGUUAUAAAACACAAUCCUGACCUCCAUUAUUUUCAAGGCUUCCACUCAAUUUGCAGUACUUUUUUACUAAUUGGUGGAGAGGACCUUGGCUUCAAAAUGAGUUCACAAUGUGCCUUACUUCACAUAAAAGACUCAAUGAGAAAAAGUUUUGAAGACUCAGUAUACCCUGAAAUGAUGCUGAUUUACAAGCUAUUAAGAAUACAAAACUCAAAACUAGCCAAAAAGCUGGAGUCAGUCUAUACCUUCGACACCGAUUUAAAUUCCCCUAUGUUCAGCUUAUCCUGGAUUCUUACCUGGCUAUCUCACAAUAUUGUAAAUUUUAAUACACUUUGUCGUGUUUUUGACUUUAUGCUAGGAACUCACCCAUUGGCGCCAGUUUAUAUAACAUCAGCAAUAAUCUUGACACAGAAAAAAGAAAUUCUGUCCUUUGAGUCAAUGCCUGACGUGCAUCAGCAUUUUUCAGAUUUGGUAGACAAAUUGGACAUGGAAGCGAUUUGUGCUGAUGCUUUCAAUAUGAUGCUGAGAGUUCCUCCUGAAAAUCUUGUGAGGGCGAGUGAAAGAAAAUUUCCUGAGGAGUAAGAUUUAUUUUAGUUCAGCACUGAAAGGAGAAGUGAAGGUGGCAAGAAGAUACCAGAAAAAACAGAGGGCGAUACAAAUUAUGAUGUCAACUAUUUUUGUAUUUUUGGUCAUUAUUAUCAGUUUUUUAGUGAACAGAUAUAAUGUUAUAGGGCUAAUUAAAGGAUAA